AUGUUGAUAAACGCAACUUCACUGGCGGUCAAGAGGGCUGCAACGGGUGCCGGAGGCCAACCUUUCAAUUCCGGACACAAUGGGGGUGCAUUCGAUUGGAUCUCUGCCGUGUCUGGAUUGGCUUCUGCCAUCGUCGGCAUCAUCACAUUGAUUACCGUCUACAUCGGAGCCACGCAGUUUUUAUCUCAGAAUCGAAUGUAUCGGCAUGGCCUUUCGUGGCGAUCCCUUGGUCACUGGCAGAAAAUUGUGGACAAAUCAGGGCUUUUCGGUCUGCAAAGCCGCAUUGCCGCGCCAACUGUCAGCCUCAAGUCUCUGGCCAAACAAGAAUGGGAGCCCAGCAUAUCCUUCCCUAUCGGGUUUCCCAAAGUGAAGAAUGGGACUAUCGAGGAUGGCGAGUCCUUCGUCCAAGCCAAGGCUAGCUGGGUCAAUUUCAUGCAAGCACUUGGAUUGGGACCACAUCAAAAUCAUCUCUACGAGAUGCAAGAUGCACCUGAGCUCCUGAAUGGCAUCGUCCCCAUGCAAUGGGCUGGCAGUGAUCUCGUCAGUAUCAGCUCAAUCUUGGGCUUCCAGUCGCCAGAGGACAAGCCAAGUUACAAAUCAUCCAUGCCGCUGCCAAUGCAAUGGUCAUCCCCUCUCGGUUGGCUACAGUUUAGAGCGAGCGCAAAUGGUUGCGUAGCCCAAUUUCGCCCUCGAAGGAAGCCACGCGAUCAGAUAUCGCCCUCUUUGCACAGCUACUAUGACCCGCAAGACUUGGUCUUGCCGUCCAAAACGUCUGUUUUGUGCUCUCGCCUCUGGACAGCAAUCAAUGGAUACGUACUCCAGGAGAAUCGGGUGUUAUAUCUUGGAGGCGCUGAUAAACAUAAGCGACCACAAGACAUUGAUGAUGAUGCCGAAAUGGGAAAUGAGGAAUUGCUCAGAAAUAUCAUGAAGGAAGACUUACCAGAGCAAGAACUCAUGCGCCAAAUGUUCGGUAAAAAGGAGGCACGAUCAACGGCAUUAAACCAAGAAGUUGAACGCACGAGAUCAGCAAUGGCACAAAAAACAACGGGCUCCCUUGGGCGGGACACGACUGAGAGCUUCCUGGAGAGUAUUCUGAACACAGAGAAGCAGAAAAUCGACAGGAAAGAGGUGUUGCGGCCAUGUCCAGGUCUACUGUCCACAGUAGUGGAGGGACAGUUGGCAUUUAGCCGCGGACUGGAGGAGCCAAACUACACGUACAUUGAGUACGACCGUAAGUAUGCAGUUCUGGAGGACAUAGAUCGUCUCCAGUAUCCGUUCAACCUUGGAGACCUCUACUUGGAUGGGAAAUUGUUGAAAUUGGUGAAAGAGGCCGUCUUGCAGCUUCAGCCGGAUGGAUUCUACUUCUCGCCAUCGUUCUUUGUCGCCUCCGACCUACGGGAGAUAUUCGAAAAUAUUCAAGCACAAUCGAACACCCUCAAAGAACUUUGCAACGACCUGCAAAGAACCCGAAAAACUGCACGAGCUCACUUUUCGGUACCGGAUAUGCAAUUAAUCGCCAAAGCCGCAUCAUCGCUGCGCACAGAAUUCUUACAGCCAAGAGAAAAUACCCAGACGCUUGAUCUUGUGUGGGCACUGAUCUAUUCCCGUCAAGUUGUUCGGGCUGUCCUGAGGGCGCUCUCCAAAGCUCCUAUGGCACGAUUUCUUGAAACGCCGGUAUUCUGCAAGAACAACAAGCUUGAUCUCGUAGGGCUUCUUGGUGAUGCUCUUCAUGAUGAGAUGGAAGAAAAACAGAAUGAUGAUGAGGAGAAUCAAAUACCCGGUCAUUAUCACAUACCACACCUUGACGAUGGCAAUUUCACGGGGGAGGACAUUCUAGCCGCGUUGGCACUGGUAUUUCUUACUUAUUUUUGGAUUGACAAGUCCUGGAUCACAGAUACAAGUCACUAUGACGCGACCAUUCCGCAUAGUGUUCUCAUGUGUUAGUAUUCAUUCUCUUCUAAGGCAAGGGGUGUUGUGAGCAAGGUCACUGCAUCAUUUUUGGUUACCUUGCCCACCGCUAUUAUGUCACUGUUUCUUAUCGACCUUCG